GAGACCGAGAAACAGGGGAUAAUACGCCGGAGCCUCCCCGGCUGCAGUCCCGCCUGGGAGCCGGCAGGGAGCGAAGCUGCGGAGCCGCCUAGUCUCCCGCAUCUGUGGGUCUAUUCCUGUGUCCUUCUGUCCAUCCGAACGCGCGCUGCAGGAGCAGCCACGAGGUAGAAGCCGGGUGGCAUGGCUGCGAGCACAGAUGUAGCAGGGCUGGAGGAGAGCUUCCGCAAGUUUGCCAUCCAUGGCGACCCCAAGGCCAGCGGGCACGAGAUGAAUGGCAAGAACUGGGCCAAGCUGUGCAAGGACUGCAAGGUGGCUGACGGGAAGGCCGUGACAGGAACCGACGUGGACAUUGUCUUCUCCAAAGUCAAGGGGAAGUCUGCUCGGGUCAUCAACUAUGAGGAGUUCAAGAAGGCCCUGGAAGAGCUGGCAACCAAGCGAUUCAAGGGCAAGAGCAAAGAGGAGGCCUUCGACGCCAUCUGCCAGCUGGUGGCGGGCAAGGAGCCAGCCAAUUUGGGUGUUACCAAAGCAAAGACAGGGGGUGCUGUGGACCGGCUGACUGACACCAGCAGGUACACCGGCUCCCACAAGGAGCGCUUCGACGAGAGCGGCAAGGGCAAAGGCAUUGCUGGCCGGCAGGACAUCCUGGACGACAGCGGCUAUGUGAGUGCCUACAAGAACGCAGGCACCUAUGAUGCCAAAGUGAAGAAGUGAGGCCCGGGAGGGCCCUGCAGUGCGGCUGCCUCCGCCAGGGGCCUGGGCCUGAGGGAUGUGGGGAACAAGACAGCCCUGACCCCCCUGCUGGACCUGCUGCCCAGAGCCGCCUGCCCAGCCCCAGGGUGCCGGCCCCCAGGCCUCUGACCCAGACUGCUCUGCAUCCUCCUCUCCUGCCCCUCCCCCGACUUCUGUCUGUCUGGAGAGUCAGUGCCUGUAGCCUUACUGCCUGCCCCCAGAGCCCUGGGCCUGACUGACCUUCCUGCCUGCUUGCCUCAUAUUUAAGCUGCUGCUCUGGCCAAGUGCCUAAUUCUUACCCAGACCUCAAUAAAGCAACCUUUUG